ACAAACGACAAUAAUGUAAAACUACAAAACUUAAAAAAAAAAAAAAUCAAGCACUCCGUUAGCAUCUGCAUUAAAACCAUGGGUCUUAUUUUUAGAAAAUAAUUUUGGUUACAUUUGUUUCCUUGCGUAAUGGAAGUAUUUUGAACAGUUCUCUAUUUAUAAAGUUCUCUAUUUGUACGGUAUUUGUAGUGUUGAGGCACCUAAUCCUUAUCAUUGCUAGUCCCGUUUUGCUGUUCCUCAUUUCUACUAUUGUUUGCUUGCCAUCUGGUCUGCUGGCAGGUGAAAUCGAAAAUCAUUUUGGGGAAUCAUGGAAAGAGGAACUGAGAUCAACCAAAAACGCUGUCACGAGGUUGUUUGAAAUUUGUAGGGCAUCAGAUAAAGGUACUGUACGUUCAGAUGUGCUGCUCUUCCAAAAACGGCUGUUCUUUUUAAAAUUAAAGUUGAAAAUCACUAGACUUUGAUUCAGGAUGAGAGGAAUAGUUACAUUUUACCUAACCUAUCUGCUGUGCCUGAUGUUGGGGAUCGCCUGUGUGGCAUUAGUAGCUUACUGGAAUUACAGCUAUAGAGGUGGAUUUGCAUGGGACGGCUCAAUCAAGCAGUUCAACUGGCACCCGGUCUUCAUGGUCACUGGCAUGGUGGUGCUUUAUGGGAAUGCGGCCGUAGUGUACCGUAUUCCUCUGACGUGGGGUCACAAUAAGCUACCAUGGAAGCUGUUACACGCUGGGGUUCUGCUCCUUUCUUUCGUUCUCUCUGUUGUCGGGCUUUGUGCAGUGUUCGAUUACCACAACACAAACCACACAGCCAACCUCUAUUCCCUCCACAGCUGGGUGGGGAUUUGUACCACUGCGCUUUUUACUGCACAGUGGGUCAUGGGUUUUACUGCGUUUCUCUUACCCUGUACUCCAACGACGGUUCGUGCUCUUGUAAAGCCAGCUCAUGUUUGGAUGGGAGGAAUCAUCUUGGUACUAGGCAUUGUGUCCUGUAUCUCAGGGAUAAAUGAAAAACUCUUUUUUGCACUAAAAGGAAACACCAAUGGGACGCUGCCUUAUUCCGCAUUACCACCAGAGGCAAUAACUGCAAAUGCAUUGGGAGUCAUCAUUGUAGCAUUUGGAUUGGUUGUUUUGAAAAUCUUAUCCAAUCAGAUAUGGCAGCGUCCUGAGCCAGGCUAUGAAGAGGGAGUUUACCAGCCACUGGGGUAUGAUGGAAGCUGAAAUGACUGAAAGCUAAAUAUGAUCAGCUUUCUGACUGAUCUGCACUCAAUGGAAUCAAAGUCCCCCGAUGUAACAACUGCUCGUCUUCCUAUUCCAAAUUAUACAGAGCGCUGCAAAUUUAUGUUUUAUGUGUGAUUUGAUUGUGCUGCUGCUGUUGUUGAUGUUGUAAAGCAUAAGACAAAUUAUCGGAUGUAAAAUCACUGCUUGGCUGUCAGUGGUUUGUGCUUAUUUAUUAUUUGAGAAGACUUCUAUAAUAAAUGAUUAAAAUCAUUUCAUCAAA